UCUUCGCCACAUGGUUAAAAGAAGUUGAGAAAGCAUCUAUAGUCUCCAAAUUUAAGUACCUAUCAGGCAGUUUUCUCCAGUCUCCAUUCAUCCUCCAAGGUUGUUGAAGAAUCCAUGGAAGCAAUGAAUGGAUGGCUCUCUUUCCCCAUGCAUUAUGAGAGCUUCAAUCAAGACCUCGCCAUUAGAAGGUUUUGUCCAGCAAGAGUUGAGCAAGAACAAGGAGAAUGGGAUGAGAUUAUGAAUGAAGUUGAAUUGUUUUCUCCUUCCGAUCAUGAUGACUCCACCAGCACUCCUCAUUUAGCUGCCUCUGAGGUUGAUGAGUUUGUUGAUAGCUUCUUUAACAUGGAGAACGAUCACGACAACAAAGACAAUAAUAAUGACAUUGGUCAUGAUAAUCUCAAGGCCUCUGAGGAGGAGCUCAAGAGUAGUUUUGAUCACAUUCAAGAUGUCCAAUUUCAGAUAAAUGAAGGGGAUGAUAAUUUGCAAUUGAGUAAUUGUGCCUCUUAUGAAGAGUUUGGGAUUGCUUCUCAUGAGAUGGUGCCUAGUGUGGAUGAGGUGAGUCAUGGUGUCGAUCAAGGGCUUCACUUGGUGCAUUUGUUAUUGGCUUGUGCUGAGGCCGUUGGUUGCAGAGAUACUCAGCUUGCUGAGUCUAUGCUCAGCCAGAUUUGGGCUUCUGCUAAUCCUUGGGUUGAUUCUUUACAGAGAAUUUCCUAUUGUUUUGCAAUGGGGUUGAAGUCUAGGCUAUCUCUUCUUCAGAAUGUCAAUGCAAAUGGUACAUUUACAGAUGGAGCCAUGGACGUGUCAUUGAUCACCAGGGAGGAGAAAGUUGAAGCUUUUCAACUCCUUUACCAGACAACUCCUUACAUUGCUUUUGGUUUCAUGGCUGCAAAUGAAGCUAUAUGUCAAGCUGCACAAGGGAAAAACUCUUUGCACAUAAUAGAUCUAGGAAUGGAACAUACCCUUCAAUGGCCCUUUUUGAUUAGAAGUCUAGCUUCAAGGCCAGAGGGUCCUCCAAAAAUCCGAAUUACCGGAUUAAUCAAUGAUCAGAAUCUGUUAGAGCUUGAAGCCAGCAUGAGUGUACUUGCACAAGAUGCCAGUUCACAAGGCAUCUUGUUAGAGUUUCUCAUGGUAUUGGAGCCAAUUACUCCAUUGAUUUUAACUAGAGAGAAUCUUAACUUGAAAGAAGGAGAAGCAUUAUUUGUGAAUAGUUUUAUGCACUUGCACAAGUUUGUUAAAGAGAGUAGAGGCUCCCUCAAGGCAAUUCUCCAAGCAAUCAAGAAACUCAACCCAACCUUGCUUACAAUGGUUGAGCAAGAUGCUAACCAUAAUGGUCCUUUCUUCCUUGGGAGAUUUCUCGAGUCUCUUCAUUACUACUCUGCUAUUUUUGACUCGCUCGAGGCUAGUCUGCCAAGAAACAGUCUUCAGAGGAUGAACAUAGAACAACUUCACUUUGCAGAAGAGAUAAGAAACAUUGUAGCGUAUGAGGGGUCUGACAGAAUUGAAAGGCAUGAAAGAGCAGAUCAAUGGAGAAGACAACUAGGCAGAGCAGGAUUUCAAGUUGUGGGGUUGAAGUGUUUGAGUCAAGCAAAGAUUAUGCUAUCUGUUUAUGGUUGCGAUGGCUACACUUUGGCUAGUGAGAAAGGCUGCCUCCUCCUUGGAUGGAAAGGAAGACCCAUAAUGCUUGCAUCUGCUUGGCAGGUCAACAAUGGUUCAUCUCCUUAGUGUCUUGGCUGAUGCCCUCACCAAAAUGGAUUUUUUGCCAUUUACAGAAGUGAUUUUGAGUUAGAGAAUAAUAAGCUGGAUCGUCUGGUAAAUGAUAAUUCCUUUAUAAAAAAUGGUGUUUUUGAUUUCAUUGUGCAAAGGACUUUUUGCAAUGCAACCAUCUGAUCCUGUGGUCUCCAAAA